AUGAAGGGCCCACAGCAAAAUACUGCGCCCUCGCUGCCACCCGUCCAGACUGUUGCCAAUACAAGCCCCUCCGACCAAUACAGUCCUUUGGCACGACCCAAUGCCGCGGUCGAUGCAUCAAUCACUACUGUAAGGACAACUGAUACGGUUGAUGGGGAUGAGGAUGAGGAUGUUGAUGCUAUAUUACCUGACGAUUCCUCGCUUUCAUAUAUUGGUGACAGGCGUGGUCCUCGCCUUGCGGUCUACGAUAUUUGCCAUCCGAGUGAAGCACAGGACCCCCGGCCAUAUAUUCCAAAAGACUCGAACAACAAGCCGAGGAAGCCUUACGAGAUUGAAUAUAUGCGCGCCAAAGGUGUUUUCGAGACAUUCUCGAACGAUGUUGCAGAUGAAGCCAUUCGCUGCUAUUUCGAGCACGUUCAUUUCUUCAUUCCUGUCGUAGAUGCUGCCACUUUCCUGAACCAGUAUAAAAACGACCGCAAUAACAUCAGCCCACUUUUGUUUUGGAGCAUGAUUCUAGCUGCGGCAAAUUUUGUGAGCUCCGACCUAUUACGAAAAACAGGAUAUUCGUCCCGACGUGCUCUGAAAACCUCGAUGUACGAGCGGGCGAAGUGUCUCUAUGAUUUCGACCGAGGAACGGAUAAACUCGUCCUCAUUCAGUCUGUCAUCCUGAUGGGAUUUUGGUAUACCGAUCCACAAGACCAUACUGGAGCAUGGCAUUGGACGGGUAUUGCUAUUUCUCUGUGCCAGAACCUUGGCCUUCAUCGAGAUACCCAGUCAACCUUUCGGAGCCCCGGUGUGUCGGAGUCCUUUGGCAGACAUGCAAGAUGCCUCUGGUGGACUUGUUUUAUUAGAGACCGCUGGGUAUCCCUGGCGAAAGGCCGUCCGAUGCGAAUUCAUCACGAGGACUGUGAUGUGCCGAUGCCUACUGCGGGCGAUGUUCUCUUCGACCUCCAACAGAUUCCAAACGACUAUCUCGAGAAGUUCAUUCCCCUAAAAUACGAACCGCUGGCAGCAAUGUGGGUUCGGUUUGUCCACACAAGUCAUGCCUUAGGGAACAUUUUGCGUGCCCAUUACCGUGUCAAGGGCCCUCGGCCAAGUCUCGAAGCCGUCGAUACCCUUGCGGAAGAGUUGCAAGAAUGCGCUCUGCAUGACCAGUUGCCAGACGACUCCAGCGACCUGCUUCGUAUGCAUGCUUAUCAGGUCGAGUUGUUCUAUCAAGGCACAGUUACCGUACUGUAUCGACCCUACCUCCUCGGCGGGCCUGCGGCCAUUCCUACUUCUGCUCCACCUUCGUGGCAAAAGACGGCUUUGAUGAAAGCACGAGCGGCAGCUUCAAGUAUCAACAACAUAUUGGAGAAGUUGAUUGAGCUCAAUGCCAUCCAAUUUCUAAAACCGAUGAUAAUCACGGCCUUGGUUCCCUCGAUGCAAAUCCAUCUAUUCGACUACAAGUCCGCAGAGCCCCUCGUCAGUGGUCUCGCGGGCAAUCGCCUCCAACUCUGUAUGCUGGUGCUGUCAAAACUACGCGAGACCUACUGGAGCGCCGGCGUCAUGCACAGGCUUUUUGAGCGUGCACAGCGCAUACUUCAGGAAACCAAGCUUGGCAAUAUCGAUACUGUUCAAAGACCCAGCCAGGGCUUUGAUCAACUAGAAGAUCACUCGGCCACCCAUCUGACUGUAAACUUCCAGGACGAACUUCAAAGGCACGACGGCAACCCGGUGAUUGACUCUUCUCACCAGGACUGGUCAUUUACGAAUAGCACGAGUGGGGCUUUGCCGUUGUGGGAUGAUCCUCUGGGCUUUGACACUGUGGAUGAGCUACUCGGUCCUGGCUUUGGUCUCCCUGGCGAUGCCUUUGAGGGCUUAUUUACGAGCAGCUACGGCAGUGGUGCUCAAGUGUUGAAUUCUGCAACACAGUUGCACGAUAAUCUUCCGCAGUUUGACGUGGGCUUUGUUGGAGGAUGA